UAAGAUACAGGUACUUUAAUUAUUUCCAUUUUGUGCAACUUUAUACUGUUAUUACUCUAUAUUUUAUUACACUAUAUUUGUCAGGCACAUUUAGAAGUUACAUUUCAGGUGAAAAUGAUGCAUCUGCUCAACAAAUAUAAACACAUGAGGCUGUGAUGGCUCCUGUAGUUAAAACUCUGUAAUGGGGUUAAAAGUCUGUAAUGGGGCAUUUAUUUGGAUUACUCUCGAUUUUGAUACAAAUUCUUAUUUGUUGCCAAUGUUUUUAUGGAUUCAUUAAAUUCAAUUUGGCUGUAAUAGAUCAUUUUGACAUUGUUGACUAAAGAUCUGAUCACUUCCACCUCUGUCAGGACGUAAUUAGGCAACAUGGAAAACUACCAGGAAAAGGGCAAAGAUGUCAUUAAUUAAUGUAAUUCAUUUUAAACAAAAUUCUGUGGAGCUUUAUAGAUAAAUAAUUGUCCCUGAAACUGAAGCUGCAGCGCCUCAUCCUGCCUUUGGGUUAUUUGUCAGAGGCUCCGCUCUGAGUCUGCCUCCCUCUCAUUAGGUGAAGGAGUCAGCGGGUCUUUGGAGAACUCCAAGUCCCAGAGAUCUCGGCAACCAGUGAACCUGGAGCCAGGACUUGGAUAACAUGGCAGCUCCGUCCAGCAACACAUGCGGGGCCAUGGAGCGGUCUAUCCGAGAGCGAGUCCCCCCGCUGCUCACCGACAUGUACCAGUUCACCAUGGCGUACGCAUAUUGGCGGGCCGGCCGUCACCAGGAGCCCGCCGUGUUCGAGCUCUUCUUCCGGCACAAUCCGUUCGGCGGCGGCUUCUCGCUGUUCGCCGGUCUGCACGACUGUCAGCUGUUCCUGCGCAGCUUUAGCUUCACAGACGAAGAUGUGGAGUUCCUGCGCUCCGUCCUGCCUCCGGCCACUGACCCCGCCUUCUUCCAGUUUCUGCGAGGCCUGGACUGUUCGGGCGUCACGCUCCGCUCCGUCCCAGAAGGCACCGUGGUGUUUGCCAGGGUGCCUCUGAUGGAGGUGGCAGGUCCACUGGCUGUGGUUCAGUUGCUGGAGACCAGUUUACUGUGUCUGGUUAACUACGCCAGUCUGGUGUGUAGUAACGCUGCCCGUUUCCGCCUGGCGGCCGGUCCCAGGAGGAAGCUGCUGGAGAUGGGCCUGAGACGGGCUCAGGGGCCAGAUGGAGGGCUCACCGCCUCCCGAUACACACACAUUGGAGGGUUUGAUCUCACCAGUAACGUUCAGGCUGGAUUCCUUUUCGGGAUCCCGGUCGCAGGCACCAUGGCUCACUCAUACGUCACCUCCUUUACCUCCCUGGAGGAGGUGUGGCCACAGACUCUUGUGGCAGUGAGUGGGGACCCUGAUCCAGUUGACUUCAUUUCUCUGACAAAAGGCUGGUUGAGCCGUGUGUGUGAGCUCCUGGGAGCAGAGCCUGCGAAGAUCAGGGAGGGCGAGUUGGCCGCCUUCCUGUCCUACGCCAUCGCCUACCCCCAGAACUUUCUCCCUGUGAUCGACAGCUACAGUGUUGGCUGCAGCGGCCUGUUGAACUUCUGCGCUGUGGCCUUGGCGCUGUGUGAACUGGGCUACAGGCCGGUGGGAGUCCGUCUGGACAGCGGGGACCUCUGCAGGCAGUCGGUCGACGUCCGCCACGUCUUCAGACUCUGCAGCGACCAUUUCUCCAUCCCUGCCUUUGACUCGCUGAUCAUCGUUGGGACCAAUAACAUCUCAGAGCAAAGCAUGGCUGAACUCAACAAGAAGGAGAAUGAGAUCGACGUGGUCGGUGUUGGAACACAUCUGGUCACCUGCACAAGACAGCCCUCGCUGGGUUGUGUGUAUAAGUUGGUGGAGGUCAGGGGAAGGCCCAGGAUGAAGAUCAGUGAAGACCCAGAGAAGAGCACAGUACCUGGGAGGAAAGCUGUGUACCGGCUAGUAGACACUGAGGGUCAUCCUUUUCUAGACCUGGUGAGCCUGGCACUGGAGCCUCGUCCAGAGGCAGGAGUCCCACUGACCUGUUUCCCUCUGGGCUGUGAUAACUCCGCCGUCUCAAUCACUCCAGCUCAGGUCACCUGUCUGUGUCAAGAGAUGUUCACCAAAGGGCAGGUCACACACCCUCUGUGCAGCGCCGCAGAAACUAGAGCAAAGGUCCAGGGCUCCCUCCAGACUCUGCACCCUCGACAUAAGAGGCUGCAGGAGCCAGACUCUUACACAGUGGCGCUGUCAGAGAAACUCCACAACCUGGUUAGGGAGAUUCGAAGAGGGAGCUCCAACGACAGAAACUUCCUCUUAGCCAACUAAAGAUAAUCCUACACGACUGCUCUGUUUUUUCAUCUCAUGUUUUUUUUUUUUUGUCUGUUUAUUGACACUAUGAUAUAAAGUGCCUCACAGUAGAAGGAGUGUAGAGCGUGACCUUAACGAUACAGUGUUAACACCGUACUCUCCAAUACAGGAAAUCACUAAUGUGUUGUGGCCUGUGUCCUUCAAAUCUGAUGCUUAUGUAACGAGAUAAAAUGAACAAACUAUCAAAUGACCCGACCUUCGUUCUUCCGUGAUCCACAUGUAAAAAAAAAAAAAAAACAGAGACUUCUAAA